ACGCUAAAACCAGAACGACCGGAGAAUGUGAUGAUUGAUUUCUUGGCCACACACCCGCCCAUUCUGGUGCAGGACUAUUUGUAUGAGAUCACUCUGGGCACCAACGAGAUGAAGCCCAUCUACACCAAGGCUCCCACACAGGUGAGAGGUCCUUACUAA